AUGUCUCCCAAAGCCAAUGAUCGUUCAACAUUACGAGCUGCACCUUGCGACGAACCCUCACGUCCUUGUCCUGCUGCCACCCAGGUUGUGAACAUCAUCAGCGAGACCUGCCACCUCCCUACCACUAUCGUCGAACCGCGAACGCCUGCGAAGAUGGGUGGCGGUGGAAAAGUACCCUACCCCAAGCACGUCUGGUCACCCGCCGGUGGUUGGUAUGCGCAACCUCACAAUUGGAAGUCGAACACCAUGAUCUUCGGGGCCGUCAUUGCGGGGUGUGCACUUAUUGCUUGGAACGUGUCAGCAAACAGGGAGCACAGAUACAAGAUGCCGGAGCGAACUGGUUUCUUUCCCAGUCGGAAUUGGAGCAAGCAAAUACUUGAACACGACAAAGCCCAGAAAUAGAUACCUCCUUCGACGGACGCAAGCAGGACCUUGUGAACGGAAGACCUUCCAGAGUAGAAGGUCGCAGCAUACACUGUACAUACUCGAUUCAUGAUGCAUCAAACGGACCUAACAUACCUUUCCGCGGUAGAAAUGGGGACAGUGAGCGGCGAUAGGAGCAAAGGACAGGACAUGACCAUCAAAUGAGAAGAAUGGAACAACACCAGGCCAUAAAUGGUCAUCCUCUGUGAAUAUUGCAGUUGCAAGACCUCAAUUCGAGAGGUCAUGCCCGGACUCGGGCCUUCCGUUUGAGUCCUAGAAAUAAGAUCUUCUCAGAAAGGAAACGUUUGACCAAUCCCAAAAUACUACAAAGACUGACCAGAAUCAAAACGCUGUUCCAGCGGAAGUUUGUGC